AUUGGGAAAUACCUCUCUCUCUGACACUCUAUAAAGGUCCGGGGUGGCCCCAAGCGAGGACUUCUGCGGCACAGCGGCCUCCCCAGGACGUGAGAUUCUCCCCGCCCGCCUGCCACCAUGAGGCUUCCAGCCCUCACCAGCUUGCUGUGUAUCUUGCUUCUCUGCUUGUCCGUCUUCUCUGUGGAAGGGAGAAGGCAUCCGAGGCACCCUGCCAAGCCUGGGAGAGGCAGGCCCUGCUGUCCCCGAGGUCCUAGCCCAGACCUGAUGGCUCAGAAAGAGCACCAUGUGAGGAACUGCAGAUCAUGCAAGCUCAAGAAAAAGCCACACUAUUGGGUGGUGCCUGGGGCACUCCCACAAGUGUAGCAUUCCCCAAACCAGGCUCCUUACGGCUGAGACCCUCAUGCCCAGUGCCCGAGGCACCCAGGAGCCUCAGGUUCCCCCAGGAUGUCCUGCUCGAAGUUGGGGCUGAUGGCAAAGAUCCCCAAGAGCUCUGGCCCAUGGAAGCCUCUGCCCAUGAACCUGAGCCCCUCUCAUAAAGGCACAUUCCUUGCCUGCCGUGUUGGCUGGGGCUCAUGCUACCUUUCAGAAAAACCUGAAUCAGAAUCUUCUGAAAACCAUAACAAGAAUUCAAAGGUCAAAAAAGCUCUGGAAUGCCUGUCUUGCUGUGUGGCCUUGUACAAGUAACUUAGCCUCUCUGAGCUCAUGCAGGCUUCAGAGAUAUAAAACACAGCGAGAGAAAAUAACCAAGAACGGCACCAGUGGAUUUCACUCACCCUCUUCAGCCUACUUGGCAGUGAGCUGGGACGCUGGAGGGCUUCAUCUCAGGCGCCAAGGGCCCUGGGAAAGUUCCAGAACUCCAGAGCCUGAUCUCAGUCAUGCCACCAACCUUCAGAGUCAUUGUCAUCGAGGCUCAGCCCACCUGGCCUCCUCAGUUCCCACCUGGACCCUUGCACACCGAUAGUCAAAAUUCCACCGUGACCUGCAGCAGCUACAAACCCAGAGACUUCCGAGCCGGCUAGGGUUCAGGGUAACAGGCACCCAAGAGCAGCCGAUCAGCAAUGCAGAGGCUCAGCUGUCCUGACAUACACCUAGCCCCUAACCAUCCCGCAUCCAAUGGCCCCCAAAGGAACCCCUUCCCAACUUCCUGAUGUGAAUCUGCUGGAAAGAACAUUUAAACAAAUUACAAAUAAACUAAAUGCCUGGCAAA